AGGAAGUUGAGUCUUUCGAGAAGCAAACGGAAGAGGAACUUGUACCCCUUGUUUGACUUCAUCAAGUUUACAGUCAGUCAGAAUGUUUCGGUUUAAAGUAUCCAAGUAUAAGAAUGCAGCUCCAAAGAUUCCAAAGAGAGAGCAUUGUUUCACUGAUGUGCCUGUUGGAACACUUAUGAAUUCUUGCGGCAAUCAUAUUGCUGCUAGCUGUAAAUUUGUUGGAUUCAACUGUGAACUUGGAGGUGGUCAUGGCAUUGGAAUUGUUGGUCUGGAAGAUUAUGGUAGACAGAAUCGGAGUUCCAUGCCAAUCAUUCAUGGACAUGCUGACUUUGUGUCUGACAUGUGCUUCUCACCAUUUGAUGAUUGUCUUCUCGCGACUGGGGCUUUUGAUGGAGAAAUAAAACUUUGGAAGAUUCCUGAUACAGGCCUUGAUGAAAUAUUGAACAACCCAGCACUUCAUUUACCAUCUUCAACACAUAGAAUUGACAAUGUUUUGUUCCACCCGGCAGCUGAGAAUGUCCUGGCCGUAACAUCAAAUCAUUCAGUAAAAAUUUAUGAUCUAGUUGGAUGUAAUCUACAUUAUGAUAUUAAAAACAUGGCAGAUGAUCUUCCUUUCCAAAGCAUGGACUGGAAAAUGGACGGAAGUCUCCUCGUUACAAGCUGCAAGGAUACCAAUUUAAGAAUAAUCGACCCACGGAAUUCAUCAAUAUCAGCCGAAGCAAAAGGACAUGAAGGAGUCAAGGAUUCUAAAGCUGUUUGGCUUGGAAACACUGACUGCAUCCUAUCCACUGGGUUUGGCAAGACUAGACAACGGUUAAUUGGCAUAUGGGAUACACGAAUGUUUACUUCAUCUGUCGCAGAAGAAGUAGUUGAUAACAACGCCGGGAUUCUGAUGCCUUUUUAUGACGUCGAUACAAACAUGCUGCUACUUGCUGGCAAGGGAGACAAUAUAAUAAAUUUCUACGAAGUUACAUCAGAAGCUAAAGGCCUUACGCGUUCGUCAUCAGACAGCUUGGAUACACAAACAAUAGGCAUGGCAAGGGUUCCUAAGAGAGCACUUCACCUAAUGGAAGCAGAGGUGAACAGAUUGAUGCAGCUGACAAAGAACGCAAUUAUUCCGAUCAGUUUCGUUGUACCUAGAAGGUCCUACCUCGAUUUCCAUGCGGAAUUGUACCCCGAUACGGCCUCUGGUGUGCCUUCUAUGACAGCCGAGCAAUGGUUUGCUGGUGCCAAUCACCCGGUCUCACUGGUUAAAUUGGAUCCAAAAAACGUGGCGAAAAGGUCGCUACCUAAAGCAGCUGGCGUGAAGGCUGAGCCAUCCAAAACAGAAGAAAAAUCGCAAGAAGAAGCUGAGACAAAAACGGCACAGGUGCCUGAAGUUGUCAACAAAGCUGAGGACCCGCCAAAGAAAGUUGAAGCUCCGAAGGAGGAUUCAACGAAGGCUGUGCCAGCACCUUCAAAAAUUUCUAAUGAGCCAACACCAAAGCCCGCUGAGCACAAGCCCAAAGUCUCAAAAUUCCACGGGUUCAGGGUCUCGAAAUUCAAGCAUCUGAGUGGCAAACCUAGCACUAAGUCGCAGAACAUCGAGAACCUGAAGAACUACGAUCAGUCACUCUGUCAUGAAAGUGAUGGCCUCCAAGCUUACUUUGAUUUAGUUGCGUAUCCUAUAGCUGGACCUGGUGGUCAAAUUGCUGUGGUGAAGCUCUCUGAGCCAAAAAGACUUCCGCCAUUACUCCAAAGUGAAUAUCGUCCGCUAUCAUCCUUGUGUCAAGGGAUUGUUAGCCACUGCUUCCUAUGAUCUUGAUGUCAAACUGUGGGACGUGGAAACAGCCCGAGAGCUCAUAACACUACAACAACACCCGGAGCCUGUUUCGGGUUUGAGUUGGCAUCCUGACGGCCAUUUGAUUGCAACGAUAUCAAAGGACACGAAGAUCAGAGUUUUUGAUCCAAGGACGAGCACCAAACCACUACAGAUUGGCGAUGGACCUGAUAGUCCAAAGGGCGCUCGCAUCAUUUGGUGUGGACCAAAUAAUCAGUGGUUAGCUGUUUCUGGAUUUAGCAAACUUGGUUCUCGCAUUAUAAACCUGUACGACAGCAAGGACUUGUCUGCUCCUAUUGGAAAUGUCGAACUUGAACCAUCACCGGCAACAUUAAUGCUUUUCUAUGAUGAAGAUUCGUCAACACUUUUUGCCACAGGAAAGGGUGAUCGCACCCUUUUGGCCUUUGAGGUUAGCACUGACUCCCCGCAUAUUUUCGCUCUCUCGCCUUACAAUGGAGCCCAUCAACAUCAGGGAAUUGCGUUUUUACGCAAAGAUAUUUGCAAUGUGAGGGAAAUUGAAUUCGCAAGAAUUGUCCGCAUCACCUAUUCGACAAUGGAACAAGUGUCGUUCACUAUCCCAAGGGUAAAGAAAAACUUCUUCCAGGACGAUGUAUUUCCUCCAACAAGAGUCAAAUGGCAGCCAUCAAUGUCGGUGGACGAGUGGAUGGGUGGGGCAAACACGCCCCAAGAAAGACUGGACCUUCGGCCGUCAGAUAUGGAGCCACUUCAUGCUGCUCCAAAGACAGAGUCGAAAUCUAGUAAAUUUUCAAGCAGUCAGAGAACUGUUGAAGCAAAGUCAGUAAAGGAUAAAAAAGAUGACUUAAUGACUCAAAUGGGAGGGAAGUUUGAGGACUUGGCAGAUAAACCGUUAGAGCAAGAUGCAAUGGAAGGCGUGGAGGAUCACGAAUGGGAUGACUAAAUACCUUCGGAGAAGUCGGUUGCUGCAAACUUUUUUGCAUUGAUCGAUACAACCAGUGCUGCUGUAAAUUGAAUACUCUGUUUCUGAAUUGCAAACUGAAAUAAAUUUGAUAUAUCUUGUUUAGCAUUAAUUAAAGCAUGCUACUAACUUUUGAUUUAUCUAACAUGCUUUGUUACUAACAUGCUUUGAACUCUUUCGUUAUUGAUGUUGUAUUUUCUGUUGAACAAAUAGAAUUGAGCGAGUUCAACGUAAAUUGAGAAUAUAAACACAGACUUUAAAAUAGGGCAAUUGCUUUCUUCUGUUGGGGCUGUUCCAAAGAGCUGCAUUAGCACCAUUAGUUGCAUUAGCAUGUAUGGGGCAUUUGAAAAUGUUUAGGAUAUUAGAUUAAAGCUUUUUAGGGGUGCCAAUGACAUAUAAAUCAUGUUGAGUAAUGUUUUUCUUACAUUUAAAUUUAUAUCUAAUAAAAUUCUAUACGAUUUGAAUUAUUGUCGCUGCUGCCGAUAUUUAUAUAAAGUUAUGAAAUCAUCAUCAUAAUAUCAUAUUUUGUUUAUGAUUGCUAUUUUAUUUGUUUUAUGCUCCGUUAUAAUUCUUUUUAAUGAUUAAAUUUUUUUGAUAUUUAUUCUAUUGUCGCGGGAAUGAGGCCAUUUUGUUAUUCCAAAAAAUGCAUUUUAGUUGUUCAGGGGAUAGGAUACUCCAAAAUAUAUAAAAUAUAUAAAGUUUAUUUGAAUUUGGGGCUGCAGAAAAUUAAGUACGGUGCGAUAAUAGGAAACCAUCGAAAUCGUCAAAACAUUUCCCCCAACUUUAACCCUUUACUUUCCUUGACUAUCCCUGUUCCGUUUCUUCUCGGUGCCCUGUGGCUCCUUCGCAUCACAAGUACUAUCUCAACCUAUUAUUAUCCUUGCCCGUUGUGUUGUAAAAAGAAAACCCACGACAGUCUCCACCGAAAGCCACAGGAAAGAUAGAUUAAAUUGGUGUAUUUUAAAACCCCAGCUUUGAUACUUUACUUUCCUUGACUAUCCCUGUUCCGUUUCUCCUCGGUGCCCUGUGGCUCCUUCGCAUCACAAGUACUAUCUCGACCUAUUAUUAUCCUUGCCCGUUGUGUUGUAAAAAGAAAACCCACGACAGUCUCCACCGAAAGCCACAGGAAAGAUAGAUUAAAUUGGUGUAUUUUAAAACCCCAGCUUUGAUACUUUACUUUCCUUGACUAUCCCUGUUCCGUUUCUCCUCGGUGCCCUGUGGCUCCUUCGCAUCACAAGUACUAUCUCGACCUAUUAUUAUCCUUGCCCGUUGUGUUGUAAAAAGAAAACCCACGACAGUCUCCACCGAAAGCCACAGGAAAGAUAGAUUAAAUUGGUGUAUUUUAAAACCCCAGCUUUGAUACUUUUGGGUUGCGGUUGCCACACCUGCAAGUGUUUGUUUCCAGAGUUUCAUGAUUCCGAAUAAUCUUAGAGUUUUUUCAAUGUAUUUAAAGUGAGAUCGGUUUUUCAGUCCGAAAUGACGCCAUCGAUCUUAGGCAAACAUAUCUAUUAAGGGUUUUAGGGGUAAAUAUCUAGAUUUUAUCUAUCAUAGUAACAUAGGUAAAAAUGAAAUCGAUAUGUAAGAAUGUUUUUGAUUGAUAAGUUCUAAUAUAAAUGUUUUUUUCAAUAUUUCCUCGAUUGCUUUUCGGUUAAUUUAUACUGUUAUUGCUGAGUAAUCUAUUGAAGAGUUGGUAUUUGCCGAGCUUUGGAAAAAUUUUCUUUGCUAGCAAAUAAAGCUUUUUCUUA